AUGAGUAAUGAAUCAGUAUAUAAGAAUGAGUUGGCAAUGUUUUUUGGUGACACACCCGAUAAAGAUGAUACAAGACAAAAUGACAGUGGCGAUGAAAAAGACAAUGGUGAUCCAGAAGAAGACACUAGCGAUUGUGAAGAUUGCGUACCACCCUCAGCUGCUGCAGGUGGUGAUAUGAGUAUGAUGCCACAACCACAGUCGUUUAAGAGAGCUGGCGGUGGUAAUACCGGUGUGAAAGGUGUGUUGGCAGACUAUGCAGAGUUCAAAGAGAAUCAGAGACAAGAGUAUCUGGCGAAACAAGAGAUGAAUCGACAGAUGCUAGAGAAGAUGUGUGUCACCAUCAAAGAUAAACCACAGAAACCAAAAGACGAAGAGGAAGAGGAAGAUGAAGAUCUAAAGAGAUUAAGAGAGAAGAGAUUAGCACAGCUUAAAUCAAACUCAAAGACAUCGUCUCUACCGAAACUAAAGACAUUUGGUUACCUCAAGCAAAUAUCACAACGUGAAUACGUAGAGGAAAUAGAUAAUGAACCACCCAAUGUUUUUGUAAUCAUACAUCUUUAUCAAAAUUAUAUACCGGAAUGUAUUUUAUUGAAUCAACAACUCUCACAAAUGGCUGUGAAAUAUAGUCAUAUUAAAUUCCUAAAGAUUCUAUCGACUGAUGCAAAGGCAGACUAUCACGACGAAGCAUUACCAACUCUGCUUGUAUAUAUCGGUGGUAAACUAUUGGUUUCGUUCAUUCCAAUCACUAUGGAGUUGGAGAAAAACUUUGUUAAAGAAGAUUUAGAAAUGCUACUGGCGAGUUACGACAUUAUACCGAGUCCUAUCAAAUCACAACAACGCUGGGAACAUUCUCUUAGUGAUAAGAAAUCAACAUCAUCAUCCAUUCACAAACAAAACAAAUAUGAUGAUGAAGAUGAAGAAGAAGAAGAUGAUGAUUAUUAG